AUGAAUUUCACGAUGGAUUCCUGGAUGAAUUAUACCAACAUCACAAGUAAUUCCACAUCCUUAGCGACCACCCAGUGGGCGCCCAACAAAACCGGUGCGGCAAUCUCGGCCGUCGCUGAUCAUAAGUACAUCUUAGCCGUUCUUAAGAUAGCCGUCACUCCUGCCGGGAUGAUAUUAAACGGCAUCCUCCUCCUCAUUCUCAUCGCGAAUAAAACCCUACAUACAUCUUUCGCCGUGUACGUGUUCGUCAUUCUCCUAUCCUCCUUCUUGUACGCUUCUCUCGAAUUUCUACUGGUCAUUCUGGAGAAUUACGGGGAUUUUACCAUCGCACUGUGCUAUUUGCAGCAGUGCUCGCAAUGGCUGAUCAGCGCCCAAUGGGUCAACGCGCAACUGCAGAUCUGUUUGAACCGUAUCUGGGCACUAACCUUUCCCAUCUCGUAUAAGGAGCGCCAUACCAAACGGGUGGCGGUGAUGAUCACGGCGGCGAACUGGGCGAUGCUGUACAUGCUGGGAAUCCCGACAAUCGUGUUAAAUACGAGGUAUUUUCCGGCGAAUCCCAGUAAACCGUUUGUAUCGUGUAUAACUGAUAUGAUCGCAAGAGGACGGUAUACGCUGGGCAAUAUGAUUAUGGAUCUAACUGUCCCCACUAUAAUCAUCAUCCUAUCAUAUCCGUACCUGUUGUAUCGACAACUUAAGCGGUCGAAAAAAAGGAAAGCGAUGAGCGCUGAAAACCCGGGAAUACGGAUGUUGAUUAAGGAGGACUUGCAUGCAUUUCUGGUGCUGACCUCGAUCACGGUGUCGGUGGCGCUGUUUUGGGCACCGAUUAGUAUCUCCUUUAUCCUGCUGAUAACCGGCAAAUUGCGCUUGGCACCGGAUACGAUGCAGCUGAUUUCCUAUGGGUUUGCGCUGUGCGAUCUGGUUAUGAAUCCGUGUUUGAUAUGUUUAUCGGCUAAGGAUCUGCGGAUGGCGACACUGCGGGUGUUCCGGUGCCGGGUGAAGAAGGGACGGUCGAAUGUCGUGCAUCCCCGGACUGCGGCGGUUAAUACAACCGCCGCCCGUGUCACAACCGCUGCGCCACGGACUACUAAUGCACAAUAA